CUGCUCCUCGGUGGUGGAACCCACAGAAAGUUUAGCAAGCUCACGUGGUAUUCAACUAAGUCCACUUAGUUGCUAGUUUCAUAACUGUUAUGUCAGGUAAUAACGGUACAGUUGAAGAGUAAAUACCCUGAGGCUAUAAAAGACCGACACGGUCCUCCCGGUCGACUUUUGUUAAAGGCGAGUCCCAAGUUAUUGAAAUCGUAAUGGUCUGACUACUAAUAAAAGUGACAUUUCCUCUCCCUCAGCCACCUGCUAUGUGGUCAGGAAGAUUGCUGCGUCUGCUGCAAAAGAGGACCAGGACGAGCAACCUGUUUUUACACCAUGUAGCCUAGCUUUAGGUAAGACGCCUGUGAUCAGCUGCCCUGGCUUUAGCAAGGAAGCGGGACCGGCUAGCAGCAGUGCCAACCCCUGACCUCAGCAUGACCUCUGACCCCAGUGUCGAUGCUGGCCCUGGGACCGCUCCGCCGGAGACUGCGGUACAGAAGUGCAGCUCCUGAAGUUAAGAGCGCACUGGCUGCCACACACAAGCAUGGGGAGACUAGGAGAGGAAGAGUUUCCACAGAGCCAGUUCAUCUGUGCUGUAGCCAUUGGUUAAACACUGCCUACACUGACAAACUGUGUAAAAGUCUAUAAAAUUGUUCCCAUCUUUCCUGCAUUACCUAAAGAGAAACAUCUCCGUCCAAAAAAAAAUAUUACCAAAGCUACUUUGCAUUUAAGAAAGAUAGAAACACACAAACAUUAUAAAUCUUUGAAGGGAAUAAUUGAAGGACACAGUACAAAAAACAGUGCAUGUGGCCUCCCCACCACCAAAUCAGAAAAUGUUCAAGAAUGCUUACAAUUGAUUGUGGUGACAAGGGGGUGAAUCUAAAAAUUCAGAGAAAUUUUAAAAUCUUCUGGAAAAAUUAAAAGUAGAUCCCAAAUUAUAUAAUUAGAAAAUGAUUUGCGUUUUGCGAUUGUGUUCGACACAGCUUGAAGUGCGCCUGUACUUUAGGAUCCAUGGUGAGUCAUGUCUUGUGCCCGUCUUUCCCCCCAUCUCAGUGGCAGUCCAGUGCGGUUAGUUUUCUCUCGUGCGGUGUUCUGGGUGUUAGGCGAGGCAGCAGCGAGUGACGGCUUGCUCAUCAACUCUUUAAGUUCAGGAGCUGAGCAGGCCCGAUGGCUGGGCUGUGGCUACGCUAAGCACGUUCAAUAAAAUACAUUCCACUGCAGAAUUUGACCAGUGUUUGUUUUGUGUUUGUUCUGAAAGGUCGCUUUCAUCUCAUGUACGAAUACAGAAGCUAUUGACUCACCACAGUUGAUCAAGGCAUGCUGUGCAAAAACAUUGUGGGACUAGAUUUUUGGCACAGGUAUGCAUGUUUUUAAUGUUCGAGGGCUCACAAGUAUGUUCUGAGAUUCUAGCGAUUAGCUAUGAAUUACUUACUUGCACAAGUCCAUAGUUAAAUAUGUUUUCAGUGUAAAUUAUGAAAACCACAGGUUGCAUUAUAACACAAAAGCAUGGAGCGUUCCAGAACCAGUCCCCUCUGCCCUCAGACACUCAUUAGCAAGGAUCUGCAGGGAACCUUUUAUCCUGGAUGGUGACCCCAGAGAGACUGACUGUACAGUCCCUCACUCACAUAACACACAGUGGCUUUAAAAUCACACUGUGAUUUUCUUGUGAACCCUGUUCUACAAGAAUAAUUAUUUUUCUCCCUUCAUGUUUCUGGAAUCACCCUGUCAACGUGUGUUGCAUUUACAAAUGUUGCCGGCUAAUGACAGAUAUUUGCCACGGUAACAGUCCUACUUUGUGAUGGAGAGUUCCACCUGGCUGUGGCACAGCUGCAGGGGUCAAAGGUCAAUGUGGACAACGUGAGCAAAGCAUAGAAAAUGGUGAAAGAGGCAGCAGGUCAGAGGGUGAAAGUGGCAGUUUUGCCUGUGAGUGACCUCUCAGUCUACUGGUGUCCAGCACAACCAGCAGUCACACACGGUGCUGGGAUAUUAAGAAUGAUCAACAAAGCAGAUGAUCAAUAAUGUUAAAGAGCAAAAAGGCUUUUAUCUAAAAAUCAAUUGUGUAGUUAAGGUAUGGCAUUUCACUUAACAGCAAACAAACAGAAAAUAUCUAAUUGCAUCUGCAGUGUUUGUAAUGUGGAGUGUGUGACUGGACAGCCAGUAGUGUGUCUGACUGGUCAGGAGGGUGUGUGUAACUUGGAUGUCAGUAGUGUGUGUAACUGGGUGGUCAGUAGAAUAACUGCGGUCAGUGUAACUGGGUGGUCAGUAGAAUAACUGCGGUCAGUAGUGAGUGUGAUUGCUUGGUCAAUAGAGUGUGUAUAACUGGGUGGUCAUUAGAGUACCUGAGCAGUCAGUAGUGUUUGUAACUGGGUGGUCAGUAGAGUAACUUCGGUCCUUACAGUGUGUCUAACUGGGUGGUCAGUAGAGUAACUUCGGUCAGUACAGUGUGUGUAACUGGGUGGUCAGUAGAGUAACUUCGGUCAGUACGGUGUGUGUAACUGGGUGGUCAGUAAUGUAACUGGGCACUCAGUAGAGUGUGUGUAACUGGGCGGUCUGCAUCAGCAGUGGUGAGGUGAUCCCUCAAGCUGGCUCAGAGGAAACUGUAGCGUACGCUGUUAUCGGUGAGUACAGCAGUUCAUACUGAUCAGUAUCGAUCUACACACAGAUUAUCAAAUGAACUCCAGUAUGAUAGCAGCACAACACAAACUGCACACACACUGUGGGUGAAGGAGUGUUCAGGAUUGGAAGGGGGAGCUGAAGAACUCAACGGCCAAAUUCACAGUGGACUACGUGAGCAUUUAGUUUCCAGAUUGUUUCGUCUCCACUCUGCUGAGGGAUGGGUUUUAACUACCACUUUGUCUUUAUUUUUACAGAAUACAUAUCAUGUGUGUAGGUUGCUAAAAAUAACUCUGACUAAGCCCUUAGAGAGUGCAUGGAGUGUCUUGUGUGUAUUUUAAGAGUCAAGGCAGUCAUAGUGUCAGGAUGAUUUAGAAACACAUACUAUGACAUGCAAGAAAGGAAACCAUUUUUCUCUGGUGUUCAAUGAAAGGGCUCUCCACAUUUAUGUUUUGCACAUUUUAACUUCUUAAGCAGUAACCUUUUUUUUUUGUCCUGAAGUCCGGCAUGAUACUGGCCCACGUUCUAAACAGUUAUGUCAACACCAUGAAAUUGCUAAUGAACAGACUCACAAAAAUUGAUAAAUUUAACUCUUAAGGUAGUUUUAAAACAUUUUAGGCUGUUUAACUUCUUCACAGUGCUACAGAGCACCGAGUUACCGACUUCUUUUUGGUGUCAUGACCUUUAGUCAGACUCAGUGCAUUUCAACAAUGUGUAUAUUUUGACCAACCCGAAUCAGGGUUGAGCUAGUGUAAGUAUUACAAGAUGGCAGUUGUCGUAGGCACAUGACUCUGAAUUACAUGCCAUAGAUCAUUUUUGGAAAAUCGGAUGGUAAAAAAGUUUUACCUUCCCCCAAACCCUGAAAAAACGGAAUAUUAGACCCUCUCUCUUACUGCAGAAAAAAACCAUUAACCUCCAUUUUGCUCCAGCAACUCCCACCCCAAUAAAGAAUUCACAGUCCCAAAAGUACACAUGAUGAUUUCACUGCUGGUGACACUGCACUGUACUCACCCCUCAUCUACACUGCAUCAUAUGUCUUUGCUGAGACAUUAUGCUCAUCAUAUUUCACAUGGGCACAUGCUAUAUAUAUAUAUUUUUCUGUAUAAUUCAUGUCUAAUUGUGAGACAAACUGUUUGUAAAUGGUGCCGUAGAAAAUUAAGAUUGCUUUAUGCUGUAUUUUGAGAUUCAAGUAUUUAUGUUUUCCUUUGUAAUAUAAAAAUGUGUACACUUACCAUAAGCAAGUAACUGCUGAAUAGUCAUUCAGACACCAUCUCCGUUUAUUUAAUCUAAAAAUCACACUACUCGCCUUUUGCAGUUAAGCCACAUCUGGCCAUGAUUUGUGAGACUACCUGUAUCUACCUGAGAGUAAACAACCAACGCACCCAGAGGGAUUAAUUAUUAGACACUGUUACCCUAGGAACAGCAGCUGAUACUGCCAUGGAUUACAAUGUAAUUCCACUCUCAGCCACUAGAGGCGCUAAAGAAGGAGCAGCCUCCUGACUCAGGAGCAGGAGCAGGAGCCAACCGGAAAAGCACAGAUCUCGUCUGAAUAUAGCAGCUUACUAUGAAAUUGUCUGUUCACUACAUUUUAGCAUAUUAUUACAUUUGAACUCCUCAACCCCCCUGACCUAUUUGUCAUGUAGGUCAUGUGAUUAAAUCAUUUCAACAAAAUGUUUUACAGUUCACUGUCAAAAUAACAUAUAGGGAACAAAGUAUUUUGAUGGUGGAAUUUGUCGUGUCCCUGUUUCACUGCUAAACGGUACCUUCCUUUUGACAGAUACCAUUAACAUUUUUGAGGUGAGGAAUGCCUAGUUUCAGUGAGUGUAAAGAGGGAAGCAGUGAAGAAGAGCCAUGCUAGUUAAGAAGUGUGCUGAUAAGCAAAUCAAUUGAACCACCUGUGUCCUUGUUCCUACGUGCCCAAUGAUUCAUGUUGUGCUAGAGGGGAAGUGAGUAAUUUGUUUGGUUCAGAGGACUCUGCGUUGUUGCUACAGUGAUGCAGAAGCUAAAUGUGUCAGCAGAGCUUAAGAGCAUUUCAGAUGGAAAAAGAAAAUGUCACCUGUUGUGGCAGCUGCUCAUUGGCCAGGCUACUCUGAAAGCAGAUCCCAGGAAAAAAAGCAAAAACAUUUAACACUAGAUUUGGCUCACCUACGUAAUCCAGUUUGAUUACCGUUUAUAAAUGAAUCGAGAGCAGUGAAGUCAUCUUAUUUACCGCAGUGUUUCGAGAACAAAUAUAUUUAUUAGUGCUCACCAUCCCUAUGGGAGUCAUGACGAUCUUGAAUGAUGUCUUCCUGUAUGAACUUUUUUUCCCCUGUCUUUCUGUAUGUCAUCUGAUUUUAUGAGAUUUUCUGCUGUUAUUGUUUUUUUUUAGCAAGUAUAUGAUCUGUUUUUAUAUGUGAUCAUUGUCAAGUUUAUGUUUAAAGUGUCAGCAUAUGUGAAAUCAGAUGUUUGAUAGGUGUUUUGAUAUGAAAGAUAAAAGAGUAAAUUUGCCUAUGUACAACACAAAACCUGUAAAUGAGUGAUAAAUAACACAUUUUUAACAGGAAUCCAUGCUAUUUUGAUGAAGGUAACUUACUUACCAAUUCACAAUGAGAAAAUUGAUGUGAACUGGCCAAGUAAAUUUAACAACAUAACAGGAACAACUUUAAACCGUACUACUGUACUGUACUAUUUAACUAGUUUAAGAUGAAGGCAUUGUUACGGUUCAUUCAUGUAAGCACAUAGCACUGAAUUCCUAUAGACCUGCGCCACAGUUGCUUCUUUCAGUCUGUGACAGCUGCAUGAUCCGAGACUGCUUUAGGCCAACCUAAAUUCCUACAGGCUGGGCAGGGGGGCUAUUUUUAGAGGGGCAGGAUUAAAUUGCAGGAGGGCUUCACUCGGGGCUCUCCACAUCACUCAGCCUUUUCCAGUCAGGACUGUGAGUCGAGAACAUCUCCAACCUCCAAGGGGCCACGUUUCCUCCGCCAUGGAAUCGAAAAGCAUGAAGGAAGACUGGCGUCUCUACCAGAACACCCUGCUCCAGGACGGCCUGAAGGAGCUCCUCGACCAGAACAAGUUUGUGGACUGCAUCCUCAAAGUGGGAGACCGGAGCUUUCCCUGCCACAGAGUCAUCAUGGCGGCCUGCAGUCCGUAUUUCAGAGAACUCUACUUCACUGAAGAAGGCAAGGAGCUCGAGGGCGACAAAGAGGUAGUUCUGGAUAAUGUCGAACCUGCCGUCAUGGACAUGAUAAUCCGCUACUUGUAUUCAGCAGAGAUUGAGCUCACGGAUGAGAAUGUGCAGGACGUUUUCGUUGUGGCAAACCGCUUCCAGAUCCCCUCUGUUUUCACCGCCUGUGUGAACUACCUGCAGAAGAAGCUAUCCUUGGCUAACUGCCUGGGCAUUUUCAGGCUGGGGUUGGUGAUGAACUGCCCCCGAUUGGCAGUGGCCGCUCGAGACUACAUCACCGACCGCUUUGAGAUCUUGACCAAAGAAGAGGACUUUCUCCAGCUGGCUCCCCACGAGCUCUUCGCCAUCAUUGGCAGCGACUCUCUGAAUGUGGAGAAGGAGGAGGUGGUGUUCGAAUCGCUUAUGAAGUGGGUGAGGACCGACAAAGAGAAGCGGGUGAAGGCGCUGGGCGACGCCUUCGAGUGCGUCCGCUUCCGCCUGCUUCCCGAGCCCUACUUCAGGGAGAAGGUGGAGAAGGACGACAUCAUCAAGUCGGACCCCGAGCUCCUGAAGAAAGUCCAGGUCAUCAAGGACGCCUUUGCCGGCAAGCUCCCCGAGAAGAAAAAGAAGGAGAAGAAGAAGGGGGAGUCGGGAGAGGCGGUGAACGGGGAGGAGGAAGAGGAGGAUGACCUCCUGCCAGGCUACCUGAAUGACACUCGUAGGCUCGGCAUGUAUGCCAAAGACUUGGUCCUGAUGAUAAACGACACGGCAGCUGUUGCCUAUGACGCCAUUGAGAAUGAGUGCUUCCUCGCUGCGUUGGCCGAACAGAUUCCACGCAACCAUGUCAGCCUGACCACUAAAAAUAAUGCGCUGUACAUUGUUGGGGGUUUGUUUGUAGAUGAAGAGAACAAAGAGACACCCCUGCAAUGCUACUUCUACCAGCUGGACAGUCUGGCGGCUGACUGGAUCGCUCUCCCUCCCAUGCCUUCUCCCAGAUGUCUGUUUGGUCUGGGAGAGUGCGGAAACUUCAUCAUCACCGUGGCAGGGAAGGAUCUCCAAUCCAACGAGUCUCUCGAUUCUGUGUUGUGCUAUGACAUCGAGAAAAUGAAAUGGACCGAGACUAAAAAGCUGCCCCUUCAGAUCCACGGCCAUUGUGUAGUCCACCAUAACGGGCUGGUGUACAGUAUUGGAGGAAAGACCGAUGACAACAAAACCCUCAACAAGAUGUUUGUCUACAACCACAAGAGGUUAGAGUGGAGGGAACUGGCAGCGAUGAAAACGGCCAGGGCGAUGUUUGGGGCCGUCGUUCACAACGGAAAGAUCAUAGUGUCGGGAGGAAUGAACGAGGACGGUCUCACGGCUUCAGCUGAAGUCUACGACAUCGCAAGCAACAAGUGGGAGCCAUUCACAGAGUUCCCCCAGGAGCGCAGCUCAGUAAACCUGGUGAGCAGCGAGGGGGUGCUGUACGCCGUGGGGGGCUUCGCCAUGGUGGAGAUGGAGAACAAGGAGUGCGCCCCGACAGAGGUCACCGACAUCUGGCAGUACGAGGAGGACAAAAAGCAGUGGACGGGGAUGCUGAGGGAGAUGCGCUUUGCAUCUGGGGCUUCCUGCGUCUCCAUGCGCCUCAACACGGCCAAGAUGCCCAAGCUCUGAACGCACAGCCUCUCGCCACCCGGCCACCUGAAACACUGAACGCUGGCUCAGCCUCUUAACUGAACAUCUCCUUUGGUACAUGUACACACUGGCAGACAAGUAGCAGCAUAACAGGGCCUCUGUAUUUAGCUGGUCUUUGGAACAAAAUUAACUAACCAAAAACAUUCACCUGCCUCACGAAUAGUUUUUUUUUUUUUUUUUUUUUUUGAUCAAUUGUAAUUCUACCUGGGCUGUAGAUUUUCUUUAAAAAAAAAUUUUUUUUGUAAAAACUAACCUCAGCCGUCCAACGUUCAAAGUUGUACAGCACAUUAUGAAUAUGAAACAUUCAAAAAUGUUAAUAUAUUGUAAUACCUGACUUUUUCAGAUCUCAGCAGUAUAACAGCACUGAUAACUUCUUUCAAACAUUUUAUUGUGAACAAUUUCAUUAUCAGACGAUUAUUAAAAAUUAUAUUAUGGUGCAAUGCCGUGGCAGCACCCUAUGGUAAUAGAAGCAGCACAAAGUCUGAUUGAAAAAUGUGAAAUGCAGUGCUUUGAGAUCUUAUUUUUUUACUAUUUUCAGUCAACUAAUGAAAAUUUUGCAAGAGGUAACAGAAGUAUCAACUGCCAUUUGGGAAAACUGAACAAAGGGGGUUCAUUUUGUCUGUGUCAGAAUGGUGAGGUGCCAAAUCCAAGUGCCUUAUCCCAUUUUACUCUUACACUUUAAAAAACACCUUACUUGGGUUUCAGAUACGGAAUUGUGUACUCAUUCAAUUAAAUGCUCCAUAGUUCAGUACAAUCUCAUGUGAAACACAAUUAUACCAUUUUAAUAGGGACAGGUCACCACCACUGUGGAAUAGCUAAUAGAAUCUGCUCUGUAAAUUAGUGAUCAGGAUUGAUGAAUUUAUCUUCUACAAUAAAAAAACUGUAUUACAGCUGA